ACGUCGUUGUUAGGGAAAGCACAACCAGUUUACACAAAUGUCAACCAGCGGUCCACCGGCAUAAAAGUAUGUCAAAUUAGGGAAAUGGACGAACCUUCAGAGCAAAUGAGACCCCUCUUGAGAACAGGCCUAGAUGAGGAGGCAGUAGUUGACCAUGGAAAGGCCAGCUUCACUACUCACACAAACUAUGAAAAAGAAGAGUUGGAAAGUCACAGAGCAGUGUAUGUAGGUGUCCAUGUUCCCCUGGGGAGGGAGAACAAACGGAGGCGUCGCCACCGAGGACACAAACACCACCGAAAGAAGAAGGAGAGAGAUUCUGAGGAGGGGACAGAAGAUGGGAGGGACUCCCCUUCUUAUGACACACCAUCACAGAGGGUCCAGUUCAUCUUGGGCACAGAGGACGAUGACCUCGAGCACGUCCCUCAUGACCUUUUCACUGAGCUCGAUGAGCUCUCCUUCAGAGAGGGCCGUGCCACUGAAUGGAAGGAGACAGCCAGAUGGCUGAAGUUUGAGGAGGAUGUCGAAGAUGGUGGAGAGAGAUGGAGUAAGCCCUAUGUGGCUACAUUGUCACUACACAGCUUAUUUGAACUACGGAGCUGUAUACUCAAUGGCACAGUCAUGCUGGAUAUGAGGGCCAACAGUAUCGAGGAAAUUGCGGACAUGGUGAUAGACAACAUGGUGGCAUCAGGCCAGCUGAAGGAGGAUCUGCGUGAUAAAGUGCGGGAAGCCAUGCUGAAGAAACACCAUCACCAGAAUGAGAGAAAACUCAGCAAUCGCAUCCCUCUAGUGCGCUCCAUUGCUGACAUAGGCAAGAAACAUUCUGACCCACUCUUGCUUGAAAAAAAUGGAGAGGGCCUCUCCUCUUCACGCCUCUCUCUCCACAAGUCAGGAGCAACCGGCUCUGUCUCCAGCCUGUACCAGAGACAAGAGUCCCGAGUGUCUGUGCUGCUCAACCACCUCCUGCCCUCUUCUUCCUUCACCACUGGGCUCUCCCCAGGCUCCUCGCCCCUCACCACCCCUCAGAAUACUCCCACUUUGUUCCGGUGCUCCUCCCAAAGCCCGCCACACACCAGUGUUGCAGGCCUUGGCCCUCAAGACAUCCCUGAGGUGGUGGUAUCACCUCCUGAGGAUGACGACCCACGAAGCUCUGCAGAAGAAGAGGCAGCAUCACCACAACUCAGCCGGCGAGCAUCCGCAGCAUCCCAGGGCCUCGAGCUGCUGCCCUUAGAAGGACCACUGGUGUCUCAGAGCUCUCUCCCAAACAACCUGGAUGGCAACAAGGCAAUGGAGAGGAGGCCGUCCAAAGCAGGGGUCAGUAGAGAAAGCAGCAGUGUCGACUUAAGCAAGGUGGACAUGAAUUUCAUGAAAAAAAUUCCUCCUGGUGCUGAGGCUUCCAAUGUGCUGGUGGGUGAAGUGGACUUCCUGGACAAACCCAUUAUUGUUUUUGUGCGACUGUCCCCAGCAGUCCUAAUCACAGGCCUUACAGAGGUGCCUGUAGCCACAAGGUUUCUCUUCCUGCUUUUGGGUCCUCAUGGUAAAGGACCACAGUACCAUGAGAUUGGCAGAUCUAUGGCCACAUUGAUGACAGAUGAGAUUUUCCAUGAUGUGGCAUACAAGGCCAAAGACCGAACGGAUCUCCUCUCUGGCAUAGACGAGUUCCUUGAUCAAGUGACUGUCCUGCCUCCUGGUGAAUGGGACCCCACGAUUCGGAUUGAGCCCCCCAAGAAUGUCCCAUCCCAGAUGAAGAGAAAGGGACCAGCCCAGGCCAACGGCACUGCGUCUCCCGCUGGAGAGCUGGAAAAUGAGGAGGACCAUUAUGCAGGGCCUGAGCUGCAGAGAACUGGGAGGAUAUUUGGAGGUUUGAUCUCGGAUGUUAAGCGGAAGGCACCGUUCUACUGGAGUGACUUCAGGGACUCCUUCAGCCUGCAGUGUCUAGCCUCCAUCCUCUUCCUCUACUGUGCCUGCAUGUCUCCUGUUGUUACAUUUGGAGGUUUGCUCGGAGAGGCAACAAAAGGCAACAUCGCCGCCAUAGAAUCUCUGUUUGGGGCAUCACUGACAGGAGUGGCAUACUCCCUCUUCGCAGGGCAGCCCCUCACUAUUCUUGGCAGCACAGGACCUGUUCUAGUGUUCGAGAAGAUCCUCUUCAAGUUUUGCAAUGACUAUAGUCUAUGCUACCUGUCGCUAAGGACCAGCAUUGGUCUGUGGACUGCCUUCCUGUGUCUUGUCCUGGUAGCCACAGAUGCUAGCUCCUUGGUCUGCUACAUCACCCGAUUCACAGAGGAGGCUUUUGCUUCGCUCAUCUGCAUCAUCUUUAUCUAUGAGGCUUUAGAGAAGCUCUUUCACCUGGGAGAACACUAUCCUGUCAACAUGCACAAUGACUUAGACAACCUUACUCUGUAUUCGUGUCAGUGCUUUCCACCAGCCAAUGUCUCAGAUGAGCUCGUGCAGGAGUGGAACCAGACAGGAUACAGUCCAGAAUCCAUCCAAUGGAGCAGCCUCAGUGUUUCGAUGUGUAAAACACUCAAGGGAGAGUUUGUUGGUCCAGCUUGUGGUCACCAUGGGCCCUACAUCCCGGAUGUGCUUUUCUGGUCCAUCAUCCUCUUCUUCACAACCUUCUUCCUGUCCUCCUUCCUCAAGCAGUUCAAGACGGACAAAUAUUUUCCCACCAAGGUGCGUGCCACUAUCAGUGACUUUGGUGUAUUUCUAACCAUCAUGAUCAUGGUGGUGGUGGACUAUCUAAUGGGGAUUCCAUCUCCUAAACUGAAUGUUCCUGACCGCUUUGAGCCAACUUCAAAGCACCGAGGCUGGUUGAUCGACCCAUUAGGAGAAAACCCCUGGUGGACCCUGGUGGUGGCAGCACUUCCUGCCCUGCUCUGCACCAUCCUCAUCUUUAUGGACCAGCAGAUCACUGCUGUCAUCAUAAACCGCAAGGAGCACAAGCUCAAGAAAGGCUGUGGCUAUCACCUGGACUUGUUUGUAGUGUCAGCAAUGCUAGGUGUGUGCUCCAUUAUGGGUCUGCCAUGGUUCGUGGCUGCGACCGUCCUUUCCAUCUCCCACGUUAACAGCCUGAAACUAGAGUCUGGCUGCUCCGCUCCAGGAGAACAACCCAAGUUUCUGGGCAUCCGGGAGCAGCGGGUCACUGGAAUCAUGAUCUUUGUCCUAAUGGGUUGUUCUGUUUUCAUGACUUCAGUACUCAAGUUCAUUCCUAUGCCCGUCCUUUAUGGAGUCUUUCUCUACAUGGGUGCCUCUUCCCUCAAAGGCAUUCAACUCUUUGACAGAAUCAAGCUGUUUGGCAUGCCUGCAAAGCACCAGCCUGAUCUGAUCUACCUUCGCUAUGUGCCGCUGUGGAAGGUCCAUGUCUUCACCCUGGUGCAGCUCACAUGUUUGGUGCUGCUCUGGGUCAUCAAGGCCUCUGCAGCAGCUGUCGUCUUUCCCAUGAUGGUUCUGGCGCUGGUCUUUAUCCGAAAGCUGCUAGACCUUUUCUUCACCAAGAGAGAGCUGAGCUGGCUGGAUGAUGUGAUGCCAGAAAGCAAGAAGAAGAACGAGGAUGACAAGAAGAAGAAAGCACAAGAAGAGCUGGAGGAAGUUUCCAGGCUCGAGGAAGAGGAGGAGAUGGGACUGAAGGUCAGCUUUGAAGAUGCAAACCAGCUCAACAUCCCUGUGAAAACACUCUCAGGGAGGCAGGAAAAGGUGGCCUGCGUUAGAGUCGAUGUCAGUCCGGACACAUCUGGAGGAGGCUCCAGUACUGAAACUUUCCUGUGAUUAAGGGUGGGCCUCCUUCCCUCCUGAUACCUUCUCCCACACAACACUUCACCCUGCUGAUGGGCAUCAUCUUAGUGGGAAAGGGCAGCAGGCGAGCUUCCCCAGAGUCCUUGGUGUGCAGCACAUGUACGAAUGGCUGCCAUGAUGUACUGUAGAGCACACGUCUCGGAGGAAUGAAGGAAAUCUGCUGUUAACUGCCCAGCACUGUUCACUAUUUACAGACUGUCAAUCUAGCAAUUUCUUCUCACCCAUAUAAACCACAGAUGCCAAAGGAAAGGGCCUCACUGGUGGGGAUCUAGGACUGUGUGAGUCGAGUUUUAUUUGAAUCUGUUGCACAUUUUAACUUCAUUUUACUGUUAUUGUUUUAGCUGGUCACUGCACCGUGCGUUUUUGGUUCUUGUAUCUCAUACACUGUGAGCUGUUCUGCACUGUUUGUUUUUGGGUAUUUUAGGUCAGACUACGACCUUUCACUAAACUACACCAGCUUCAAGACUCAUUAGAUUAAAGCCAUUCAGAUACUGUUAGCACUAGACGAUGAUGUUUUAUAAUUGGUCUGGCACAAUAAGUGACACAAACCAAAACAGAGAAACAUUAUAGAUACUACUACUGCAUACAUAUUUCUACGGGGGAACACUCAGUGUUUGUAUUGCUGCUCGAACGUUAGUCACUGUAAACCUCACCUGUCAUAUUAUACAUGUACUGUAUAUGUUGUUAUAGAAUACUAUAUGUAUGCAUCUGUAUUAUCUUUCAUUUGUAACAUUAUAGAAAACCUACUUUCGAGGCCAUAUGAUGUCUGUACUGUAUAGUAAGCACUUUGCAAGUAUAGUUUCUUACUUAAAAUGAAUUAUAGUGUGCUUAAAAGAAAGGUUACUUCACCUCCCACGGUAUCAUUAGAGCUGUUCUUCAAAUGUCAUUUAAACAACUCAGGAAUCUUGAGGGAUUUCUGACUGUGGUCACUUGAUAUUUUUCUCACAAGGUAGCGAUAAAUAACUUCGCUGUUCUCAUUUCAUUGCUGGUAUGUCAGCUAUUUUAAUAAAUGCUGUAAAUCAUAAAAUAUAAUGAGGUGAAAAAAUAGAAAAGACCAUUUGUGACCCCAGUUAGUUGCACCUGUUUUUAUACUGUGUUAUCGGUAGUGAUGGUGUUUGUGUAAAAAAAAAAUAAUAAUUUGGUAUGUUUAGUGUUGCAAAUUAUUUUAUGCAAAAUAUUUCUACAGAAAUGUCAAACUGAUUCUAUUCUAUGAAGUUGUUCUUAUUUUGCUAAGUGCAGUCCUGUUUUAGCAAUAAGUAUUCCUGACAGUGCAAUGUGUGGACUGACAAACCUAGAUAAUAUUCAGGCAAAGAGUAAGUUGUGAAACGAUUUUCUUGUGUUUCAUCAUCUCUGUCUGUGUGUAGCUACAGUGACUGUAAGGACAAUAGCUUAUGUGCCUUGUCGAAGCUCUUUAUGUGCUAGUCUUGUACUGAUAAUUUAAGUGUUCAAAACAGAUGUACAGGUACACACAUGAUGGCACACAAAUGCCAAAGACAGACCAUCGUUACGAGAGUGAACCAGUACAGAGGACAGAGGCUCGUCUGUCGUCGUGUUUACUCCAUGUCUGUGUGAACGUCGUAGCCUCAGCCACCGACUUAAACGGUGUAGCUUAUCUUCCAUUUACAAAUGUAACUAAAUAUUGUUCCGUGUGCGUGUUCUACUGUCACAGCUCUAGUAUUUGCUCACAACAUAAAAGCUCUGUAGUCAAUAUUGAUGUACUGGUUUGUUGAAUGAUCACUGAAUGUAAAAUUCUUGUACCAUCAGCAUGAAAAAUGAAGUCAGUGACAUUUUACCAUUGAAAUUCUGGAAAAUCUGUCAUAUACGGUUUUUGCCCAACACAUAAAGACCAUCUGAUAUAAAACAAACCAAGUUAUCAGUGCAAUUGUCACUAAAAAGUGAACAUCGAACAAGUACUUAUAAUUUUGUAAUAUUUAUUUUUGAUUUAAUAAGACCCUAAUUUAUCUUAAACAAUUUAAUUAUCAAUGACAAGAAGAUGGAAGUUGACCUCCAUCAUCGCACCAACGUCACACCUAUUCAAACUGCAAUUUUUUCUGAUGUACAUACACAACCACAGUGAAGCACAGAACAUCCUGUUACCUUGAAUGAUGACUUUUCUGUCAUGGCCGAUGCAAAGCAAUAAAAGUGUAAACAUGG